AUGUCUUCCAUCAUCCGCAACGUUCUCGCGCUCAGCGCUGUCGUCGCCGUCGCCGUCGCUCAAGACCCGGCCCCCAAGCUCGACGCUCCCUGCGCCGAUGCCGUCAUCUUCAUGGCCCGCGGUAACAAUGCGCCGUACCAUGACAGCCGUACAUUCCCCUUCGUCGACGCUACAUGCGGCAAACUAAGGGCUGAGGGCAAGACCUGCGACUACAUUGAGGUUGUGUUCCCGAAGGGCGGCGACUACUGCAAACAGAUUGGCGAGGGAGUCCGCAACGGUCAAUCCCAGAUCACUGCUUUCAACAAGAAGUGCCCUUGCACGCACCUCAUCCUCAAUGGCUUCUCUCAGGGUGCCUGGAUUACCGGAGAUAUCCUUGCUGGACCUGGUGGAUGCUCCCAAAUCACCACUGGUCUAGACCCUACCUCGGCUCCUGGUAAUGCUAUUGCUGCUGCUCUCCUCUGGGGCGAUGUCAUGCAUGAGGCUAACCAGCCAUACAACGUUCUUGACGGCUCUGAUCUACAGAAGGACGGUCGCCACGCCGACUCUCUUGCGCGCCUGAACCGUUACGCACCCGUCCUGCGCUCUUACUGCGCUAAGGGAGACCCGAUCUGCGCCAACGGCGACAACGUCGAGAAGCACUUGAGCUACUUUGAGCUGUACACCGACGACGCCUCGACCUGGGCCGUUGGAAAGCUCAAUGACGCCGCCCCUCUAUGUGCCGCUCCCACACCUACGCCCAGCGCUUCUUCUACUGUCGUCGCCUCGUCUGUUGGCGUUGCCGCUGUUGCAUCUUCAAGCGCUGCUACUUCCUCUGGCACUGCUGCUUCCUCUGGCGCUGUUGCAUCUUCAAGCGCUGCUGCUUCCUCCAGUGUUGCUGCUUCCUCUGGCGCUGCUGCUUCCUCUGGCGCUGCUGCUUCCUCUGGCGCUGCUGCUUCCUCUGGCGCUGCUGCUUCCUCUGGCGCUGCUGCUUCCUCUGGCGCUGCUGCUUCCUCUAGUGUCGCCGCUCUUCCCGUUUACCCUACAUCUCCAGUUUACGUUGCUCCCUUCACUGCUCCCCAGCCAUACGAGGCUAUGUGCGUUCCCCGCAUCAAGAUUAAAUAUGUCUACGCUUAA